ACCGUCGUGCGCCGUCGGCCGACUCUGAUAUCACACACACACGCACACAAACGCAACACGGUACAUACACACACAUGUACACACGGUCGCGGUCGCGUAUCUGUCAUAUUAUUAUUGUGUUGUGUACACACACAUACACACACACACACGGUGAUCAUACUAUAACGUCAUAAAAAUAAAAUACAAUAUUAUCCCGUCGAUUGGCAAUAAUUAUUGUUAUGGCCAAACGCGUACCGUCGACCGCCGCGAGUUUGCCGUCUCGUAGGGGAAAAUAAAAAAAUUAAUAUAUAUAUAAUAUUAUCAUCGUCGUGUCCGGCCGUCGCGCGUCGCCUCGUCCGCCGCCGUCGCCGUCGUCGUCGUCGUCGUCGUCGGUCUUGUGUUAAAAUAUUAUAAUAAUAAUAAAUAAUAGGACCUACCUACCUAUAUAAUAUCGGUCGCGUGCCCGUUAUCAAUUUUUAUUCGUUUGGUAAAUUUCUACGCGCCGAAGGUGUGUAGCAAUAUAAUAGUAAUAGUAAUAUUAUAUCGUGUAAAUCAAUUUUUUUUUCUUGCUAUUUUCAUUAUUGAUGUAAAAUAUCGUUACCCGUUUUCGAUCCGAGAAAGCGUCGUCGGCGUCUCUUUUGGUGCGUUCGUUAACGAUACUCCUCUGUGCGUGUGCGUUACCGUCCGUCUCUCUCCAUCUCGCUGCUCCUCUCUCGCGAAACGGCCGACUUCACACCCGUGUGCGCGCUCGCAAUGGUAAUAACGGCGCUGCUUUUGUAACCCGCCCCGGGCAUGGACACCGUCACGAACAGGGACGGCCCGUCCCGGAAUUUCGCCGGAAAUCCCGACAUCUGUUCACAGGCCAAACAGAGGGCAACGAUCAAAUGGUUACUGUCCAAGGCGUACAACAACCGUAUUCCGGACAACGUCAGAGAGCCGUUUUACAAGGACCAUGACAUGCAAGAGCACCCGAAGCCGCCUAUAGUGCAUUCGUUGGCUAGCGCUGAGCUAUAUUGUCUGGCGUUGGGAAACAUAUACUCAGACCCGAAUUACCAUAACCUCAACCAUUGGGGUGUCAUCCAGGCGCUGAACAAAAAAGGGGUAACCGUCAACGACCCGUCGGUCACCGAAGCCGUUCUUAUACAAACCGCUCCUUUGAAACUUAGCGCUCAUAUGGCGAUAAUGGAAGCCGUCAUGACGUUGUACGCCAAAGAAGUGGCUACGCCCAACCGGGUGAUGGCUGCCAUACAAAGACUGAACCACGUUCCCCAAAGAACCACCGUCGUCAUGCCCGAAGACCACGAACAAGCUAUAUUGGUGUGGGUCAAUCGUAACGUCGAGGCGUUGCGGCAUCGAAUUAUAACAAGUUCACAAGAAAAUAAUUCAUCGGUGCUUGACAUUGCGCACGUAAACGAUUUUCACGAAAUGAGCGAUGGAGCGGCCGCGGCGGCGUUGAUAUCUUUUUACUGUCCCGAAGAAUUGCCCUGGCAGUACAUAACCACGUCCAAAGCGCCGACCUCGUCGGACUGUAUAAAGAACUUCACCGUUAUCAAUGAAUUUUGCGACAACAGCUUACCGUUUAGCAUAUUCCACAUGAGACCUCAAGAUGUAUACUACAUAAGAGGCUCUAUGAAAACCAACUUGAUUGCGUUUUUCGCCGACUUAUUCAACGUUUUGGAAAUUCAUCCCGCCAAGUGUGUGAGUUUCAAUCAAGGCAGCAGUGAAUUGGCAGAGGCGUAUCCGAGAAAUAGCCAAGGAGUGGCGCAUAAACGUUUGUUGCCGCAAGCGAUUUCUAUUAUACCCGAUCUCCGGAGUAAUUUGGAUUCACGUUCAACAGGGUUUACAGGCAUGGCACAUCACAAUACUGUCAAAAAAGUUUCCAACACAGUAACGCCACAGUCGGAGGGAAAAAAGAACGGCCGUGUCAGCAACGAUGACCAAUUUGUCGUGCACCGCAAUCGAUCGGUGCUGACGUUGAACUCAAUGUUGAACUCCAGCAACGGCGAAGCCAGCAACGAUAUGGCUGCCGGCAAGCCGACACAUUGGGAAGAUACGAGGAAACAAACCUAUGCCGGUAGAAGGUCGAGAAGAAAUUCGUUCUCUGAAGAUUCACAGUUGACUGUUGAAAAUUUUGGAGGGUCUCAAGAUAAUUUGCAUUUUCUUGGUCGAAAUCCCGAUAAGGAACCUGCAAUUCACGUAGCUAGAAAAGAUAGUAUAACGAGUAAAAUUACCAAUUCGCAUUGUCAAGAAAACGACAGCUCCGGCGUGCAAAACCUGCUGCAACACUCCAACACUAGUCCAGCCAUGUCGCGAGUAUCGAGUGAUGCUUCGAACAAUAGUCAAGGUUUGCAACGUAUGUUGUACGAUAGUUUUGACGACGUGGAAUCUGUCAUUCAGCAACCAAUGCCAACCCUCAAACGUAGUUUAUCUUACGUCGACACCAGUCAGUCUACUUUAGCGCCCAGCACGACGACAUGGCUUCAACAGAGUUCUUCGUCGGCAGCUCACAGCGAACAUGGCGAUGAUUCCGAAAGUGACGGGUCCGUCAUGAGCGCUCAGUUACUGAAUUUAAAAUUGAAAUUGGAAGAAAAACGACGACAGAUAGAAAACGACAAACGUAAAAUAAAAUCGUUAAUCAAUCAACAAAAGCAACAAGUAGGAAAAGCCGCCUUCUUUCAAGCCGUCACACGAGGCAAAAACGGCGGUAGAAACUUACAAAGCCCCGACUCGAAUUACGGCAGAAUGAUGUUCGACGGCAAUGUUUCGCCGUCGUCGGUUAAAACCGGGCAACAUUCUUUUUCGUACCAAGACAAUGGAUUGGAGAGUAAAUGGUCCGAUCGCAUGAGCAGUCCGUACCACGACGAUCGUAAGACUCCCGACUUGGAUCAUAUCAACAUGGACGAAUACAACGCUCUUUCUCAGAUACACUCGAAUUAUCAAGAACUGCAAGCCGAUCUUCAGUGUUUGAACAACCAACAAAGCCAACUUCAACACAACAGUUUGCAAGCUGAAAUGAUGCAACACUAUCCGGUAGUACAACAGCCCAUCCAUCAGGUGUAUCAAAAUGCCCAGCCGCAAAACUACCUGGUCAAUCGGCAACAAAUGUCCAACGGACAAAUGAUUCAGCAUAGCGCGGAACGUAACAACGCCGAUAACGUGCAGUGGCACAGUUUGAUUAAUAACAGCAAUUACAAUCAACCGCCCCCGCCUCAGUUCAAUCAACAUCAACCACAAUACGUCGUCAACCAGAUGCCGCCGCCGCCUGUCGUAAACAACACGAUGCCGCCGAGUAACAAUGCUUAUUCUCCGGUCAACAAUCACCACUAUGUGGCUCAUCACGAGCCGCCGUACGAUCAAAUGUCGACCCCCAAAAAAGACACCUCUCAGCAACAAUUUUUCUUGCACAACAAUCAACAGGAGUCGCAGCAGAAAAUCCGCAAGAGCUGGGAAAUAUCGUCGUCGCCUCAACCUCAGACGUUUGCUCAAGAAUCACAGAACGUUUGGAACGGCGGACGAACAAUACCGAAAUCUUCACAGCCGUCUUCGUUGAGCGGAUCACCACGUCAAAAGUCCGAGUUCACCAUGACGUUCAACAGAUCUGGCGUUAAAACUAGCCCUUCUUCGCCGGUACCUCCUCCUCGUCGUAACUCCAAUCACGUAGUCAAUCACGCACAAUUACCUACGCCGUCCAUUGACGAUAUGCAACCGCAGAGUAUAUCGUUUAUAGGCAACGAUGCGGCCAAGAAAGAACAUGACCUAUCCGAAAGCCUGAACAGGAUCCAAAUAACUUCCGGACACCGAACUUAUAGAAUACCAUCGCCUACCCGAACGCACAUGCCCAUCAAUCGAAAUUCGUUCAACGACAACGGCAACCACUCUCCGUCAAAACCUAGUCAAGACACAACUUCCGCCAACACGGACAAAGGAUUUUACGUGUCGUUCGAAGACGCAGACGCACCCAAACGACCGAAACCGCCGUUGAGAACGAAAAAGAUAAUAUCUAAAGAGCGCAAUUUAACGCAAACCUUAAACAACUCCGUGUCGCUAAGUAAUUUGGACAUUUCCCCGAGGCACGUUACGUUGUCUUCGAUCAACAGUUCCAAACCGAAGGAAUUUUCGUCUCCCGUCAAGUCGGCGUCCGAUUCGGCCGUUGUUCAAAACUCCAGCCAUAGCAAAGUUAGUCCGGCCAAAACUUCGACGGCAGUAGAAAUAAUCAUCGAAAACUCCAACCCGGAUCCGGUCGCGAUCGACGAGAUGGAGAAAAAGAAAGAGCGUAUCCUCCUUUUGUCGCUGCAACGACGACAGCAGCAAGAAGAAAUUAAAAACAAAAAAGAAAUUGAAAUGCAAAAGAGAAAAGAAGAAGAAAAAGCCAAAGAAGAAAUGAAACAGCGGAAAAAAGACGAAGAGAGACAGAGGAGAGCAACAAUAUUGGAACAGUAUCGGAUAAAAAAGGCCAUCGAAGAAGCCGAAAGAGAGGGAAAAACUAUAGACAAAGAGUUGCUGAAUUCGUUGAAAACCAACAACAAUCACACAACGGGUGGACCACCAAGGUUGAGGAGUAAACUACAGAGCGGACGGCCUCGACCAAAAACUAUACACGUAGACAGAAGCGAUACCACCGACGGGACGUUAACGCCGUCGCGAGGCAAAAAGGGAUCAAUUACAAACUUAGCGACGUUGAACUCACAAAUUAGACGAGACUAUUAUCGCGGAUCGCAAGACUGCUUGGCCGAAACCCGGCGAACCUCAGCCUCUUCGCUUUACUCAGACAUGACCGAUGAGAGCAAACUCACCACGCCAAGAACUUUGGACCGUCACGGAUCGUAUAAAAAUUCUCGAGAUUCUUCUUUGGACCGAACAAAGCGUAAAUCGAAUUAUGGAUACUACAAUAGCGCACCACGUAAAUCGAAUUCUCUGAUGAAUUUGUAUGGAGGUUCGAGCUGCGAUCAAGACAGCCUGUUGUACCGGUACGGCGACACGGAUUCUGGACUCGGACGUGCCACGCCGCCCAGAAGAGCUAUGUCGCCUUCGGGUCCGGGAUCGUUACCCAUCCGCCGCAAGUUUGACGAUACCGCCAGCGAGACUGGCAGUGACUACUGCGGACCACGGCUGUACAAGCAACCAGUGACCAAGUCCAAUCGGGGCAUCAUAUUGAACGCUGUCGAGUACUGCGUGUUUCCCGGCGUUGUCAACCGAGAGUCCAAAAAACGUGUGCUGGAAGAAAUCAACAGGUCCGAAGCCAGACACUUCCUGGUGUUGUUCCGGGACACCGGCUGCCAGUUUCGGGCCCUCUACCUUUACUACCCGGAGACCGAAGAGAUCAUGAAAUUGUACGGUACCGGGCCGCGGGUCGUUACCGAUCGUAUGUUCGACAAGUUUUUCAAGUACAAUUCGGGUGGAAAAUGUUUUUCUCAAGUGCACACCAAACACCUGACGGUCACGAUCGACGCGUUCACAAUACACAACAGUCUGUGGCAGGGGAAAAAAGUGAAUUAUCCCAACAAAAAAGACAUGACACUAGUGGUUUAAAAAAACACCGACCAAACAUGAUGCUGCACACACAAACCGAUUAAUUUUUUUCGCCUAAAUUGUUUUUUUUAAUUUAACGAAAACAAAAUUAAAAUAUAAUCGCCUAUAUUUAUUAUGAUAUAAUAAAAAUAAAUACAUUGAAAAAAAAAAAACCCAAAA